AUGCCAAAACCAGUAAGUGCUUCCACAGAACCUUACACUGUUCAUUCAUUAGUGCUCCAUUUAAUUGUUUUUCUUAGGACAAGAAUUGUAGAAGUUAUAGAAUUGUAGAGUUGGAAGGGAUCCUGAGGAUCAUCUAGUCCAACCCCCUGCAAUGCAGGACUAUGCAGUUGCGCAUAUGGGCAUUGAAUCUGCAACCUUGGCAUCAUCUUAAAGAAACUAUACUUUGAAAAUUUAUAGCACAGCUGUCCCUAAAUCGGGGGAGGGGGGGAAGGAAGGGGUGCUAAGCUGUGACCCUCCAGAUAUCUCCCAUGAUCCCUGACUGGCUGAGUUGGGAGGUGAAAUACAGUAACAUUUGUCCAAAUUCAAAUAACAUUUUCUUUCUGUAAAAAAGGUGGCAUAAAUUAUCCUUAUACAUUCUAAUGAAAUUAUUAUAAAAGUAAAAAAUUCUUAUCUCUAUUAUAAAAAACCCAAUUACCUGAUUGAGGCUACAUGGGAUUUGCCUCUGAGUAGCCAUGUAUAGGAUUGCGUUGUAAAAAAAGAACAAACAGCAGGAACUUGUUUUUUUCAUAUCCCACAGAAGGUAGGAGUUGUGUUUACAUAAGCACAUUGGUCCAUACUGAUGCUUUUAUGAGUCUGCCAUGUUUUAUAUGUUUAUUCUCUAACUUUUAUACUCUCUGGCUUGAAAGUUAAUUGAAUCUAAAUUUAAGUUUGUUAUACUUCCCACCCCCACUGCGUAAUCAUAUUCAGCAGAAUCCUAAACAUGUUUAUACAGAAGUAAGCACUGUUCAAUAGGGCUUACUUCAUAAUUGCACUUAGGUUUGCAUUUCAGUAACAAAACUUCAAGCAACUAAUACUAUCUGUAUUGGGGCUUAACAUCUCCUCUAGCUGUGGCCCCUUUUUGACCUUGCACUGUGUGAUCACACUGAGAGUGACUUUUCCUGAAUUACUUUUCACACCAAGUCACAGGUUGCAUGGAGACAAAGAAUUUGCUUCUCCUGCAGAAUUCGUAUCUAAGGAGCAGUUUAAUAAUGAACUUGGAUUUCAGAGGAAUGGCAGAGUUCAUUAGCUUGAUAAAGGGUGUUUUCUUCAAGAAAGAAACUAAAGUGUUAAUUCAGCCUGCGUAAAUGGGUUAUAAAAUGACUCAGUUACUUUACCUAGAGAUUAACUGUACACAUUGGAUGUUCAUAAGUUCAGUUAAAACUCCAUGGAUGCCAUGUGAGUUCUUUGCCAUGGCUGUGGGGAGCUGGUUUGUGUGGCGGGGGUGUCUUGCAAAUUGCCACACUCAAGCUUAAGUUCUGGCUAGCUACCUAAAGACUUGGUAGUGCUGUAGAACUCUUGCACUGUGUGCCAAAUCUGCAAAAAUUCUUGACACUCUUUUUUCCUUUGACCUCAUAACUGUUGUGGCAAGAGGUUAUGAAUAGAGCAGGGUCGUUUUUUCAUUCUGAGGGCCUUUUUCUUUUAUGGACAGUUUUCCAGGGAGUUGCAUGCCAUUGGUGGGCAUGGCCAGAGCAGCCCACGUGUCUCUUGUACCAUAGGCUACAUUCCAACUACACAAAAGUCGGAGGUUUCCAUGCACACAUCUCUCUAUCCAGGCAAGCAAGAGGCAUUCUCACAGUUCAAGGAUACAUUCCAGCCAUGUAAAAGCACUCAGGGAGGGUGUGUAACAGGCAUAGUGAUAGAUUGGCCGGGGGAAAGCCCUGGGGGUCAGAUAGAGUGGCCUGGAGUGCUGCAUUUGACCCCCAGGCCUGAAAUUCCCCACUCAUGGCUUAUUAGUUCUUCAGCCAUUUAUUUCAGCUUCCCACAGGGGGGAAGUUGUGGCUGAAAAGCUGUUUGUGCUACUGUUAAGCAAAGGAGCUUUUCUCUGUCCUGGAGAUCAAUCCUGUGCACACUUAAGUUAGGUGUAAGUUCCGUUAAACUUGGUGGGACUUAAUUGUAAGUAAUGUUUAGGAUCGAGCUGCUAUAGCAGAGAUAUGUUGGUCUAAGAUGAUUUGAUUUUGCAGAAAACAUUGUGAAACACUUCCCUUCUUCAAGGAAGCUUUUGCCAUUACUGCUGCUAGUCUAAAUCAAGGGCAUUUGUCACUACGUAUGUGUGAGGAAACAAACAGAAUCAGUCCCCUCAAGAAAUUAGGACGAACUCCCAAGUCAUUGAAGUCUGGCAGGGCUUAGUGAAAAAGAGGGUUUGUAAUUUUUCAAAUAUUAUUUAUUAUUUAAAAUGUUUUUAAACAACUUAACAUCCUUACAGAUCCCAAGGCAGCAUACAAAGGGCAUGGCUGACUAGCCAUACCAAAAUAAAAUGCAGUAAUACAAAAACCACAAUCAAAUGAAACAAUACAUGUCCCAGUCCUUUGUUGCUGCCAAAAUGCUGAGGAGAUCCAUUUUCUUGAUUUGAACGCUUUGAUAAAGAGCCAGCAAUAUAUAAAUCACUGUCAUCUUUUAGACCAUUUGGAGGGUGGGUUAAAAUGGCAGGAUGAGUUUUUGUGAGAACCUGCUUCUACUGUAGAUGGAUGGAUUUCCCCCCCAAGCUGCUGCAUUGCUCCACAGGUGUGGCAAGUUGGAGUGAUGUGGAUAGAAAUGGCUAAAGCUUUGACUUGAGAAAAGGGAGAUAAAUAUGUUUGCCAAUUGCUGAUAACUUUGUUUCCACCCUUAGAAACUGAAAUGUUUACUUCACUAUGUGUGUGACAGCUAGGUCUCUGUUCAAGGCAAGCUACUCUUUUUGUCCACAUUUCUAUUAAAAAGUUGUGACUAGAGAUGUAAGAGAAAUUAGCUCUGGAUUUUUACGUGAAUACUUCAGAAGGGUAGCUUUCUUACCUUUGAAACAAUCCUCAAUAACUGUUCCCAAUUUAGAGAUGAAGGAACUAAAACUUGAGUGUGAGCUGUCCAUGGCUAUCCAGUUAACUCAGGGCUUUGCAUUGGUGCGUUCUCAUCAUGAUUCUGAUGAGCAGCUAACCUGUUGCCCUCCAAGGGUUGUUGGACUCCAGCCAGCAUGCUCAGUGGUCAGGCAUGAUGGAAGUUGUACUCCAACAACAUGGAGGGCCAUAGGCUAACCAGGCCUGCCAUACAGGUUUGUGAAGAAGGUGUGAGGUCACUGCCAGAAACAUGUAAUAGGAAUAGGUCAUUGCCUGGAACUUGUAAUGGGAACAGAAUGUUUAUAAGUCUGCCAUAAGCACAAAAUACCUUUCUUGGAUUAAUAUUGGAUUCAUUAUUCCUACUGAUACUUUCCAAGACCUUAACUUCAAGGGUAUCCAUGCCACCUACUUUUCCUCCUUCCUCCCUCCAUACUUUUCCAUUCUCCCACUCCACCCUACACCUGGAUGUUAUUGUAGUGAUGAUGGAAGUCCACUUCCUAUGUAAUCUGAGGCUUUCUACCAUUUUCAGUCCAGCUGGAUAGAGCAGUUAGGUGAAUUAGAAACUCAUGUUCUUUGAGAAUGCCAUACCUCAACAUGACCUCCUGGGCUCUGGUUAGUUACACAGAAACAUUUCUGUAGGUUGAGGAAAAGUUCCUUCAUCUAAUCAUCUAAAGCUGCUUACAACUGUGUUCUUAAUUGUGCCUGAGCUUGGCCUGUCAGCUGACAAGUGGAGCAACAGCUAGUAGAGGUGAACUUGUUCUUCCUUCUCUUGCAGUCAACAAAUGUCUUGAGAGCUAAAAUUCUGACCUGGUCUGCAAGGUAAAUGGGGAAAGCCAGCUAUCACCUUUCCAGUAAUUUCUGAGCUGUGUGGUGCUGCUGGGGAUUUACAGGCAUGGAUCUGUGAUGGUUCCUACCAGUGCAGUGUGUACACAGCUUUCUACAUAAUCAGCAGUUAAGUAGCUCUUUGACUGAUACAGUUAUUAGGAAAGGAGAAAAAUCACCAUGGGGGAUUACCUAGCUUAAAGUUAUUGCUGAUCCACCCGUUUCAAAAGAGCAAAGUUUAGUUUCGGAAUUCUCCCCUCUCUUUGCUCCAGCUCUACCCUCUGCAAUUUCUAAUACCACUGAAGAGAGAUGCAUAUUUGUUUACAGGCUCACAGCUGGAAAUAAGGUUGCCUUUGCAGAACUGAAGCUGCCCAGAAUUCUUUACAGGCAUUUGGGCGUUCAAAGAUUCCUUCCCUUGGAGAAUGGGACUGUCUCUAUAACAUACGCUUGGGAACCUUUGGUCCUCCAGAUGUUGCUGUAAAACUCCCAUAAUUCCUGGCUAUUGCGUAUGCUAGUCUGAGCUGGAGCUGGCAGGUGUUGUAGGUCCAGCAACAUUUGGCAGACUACAGGCUCCCCAAGUUUGCCACAGAGAAGCAGAAGCUGUGGGUGAAACCCACCUUUAUCCCAGCUUCAGUUCUAUGAAGUUCACUGCCGUUUUCAGUUUAAAGAUGAGGAAACAUAGGCAAGUCACUCUGCCAGCCUAAGGCUGUGACCCUAAACACUAGGAAUUAAGCCCAGUAGAACAUGGGGGCUUAUUUCCAAGCAGUGUUAUGGGCUGAAAAUCUCUCAUAAGUUCAUUAGUAACAAUGGAUAGAUGCCAACUGUAAAUAAAACCAUAUUAGGCAAGCUUGGACGUUUCAACUUUUUUUUUUUUUUAGCUUAAGUUGUUAGGAGCUGGAGUCAGGUGUAGGUCAGCAAUAAAAAAAACGAAAAACCCCACUGUGUCAGUGAAGUUAACUCCUUAUUCAAAGAAACCAAAAAAGCGCAGGCCUAGUGAUUCCAGCCAUGGGCGUAGCCAGGAUUUAUAGGGGGGGGGGAACCUCAGUUACUUAAGUAUUUUUCUUGAUUUACCUUGGCUAUGCCCACGAUCCCAGCAACUCUUCCCCGUAGGUCUUUCCCCAAUGAGGCAGUUGUGAGAAGUGAAGUCUGCCCCCCCCUUCCCACAGCUGCUUACAAUCUCAGCAAAUGCAAGUAGAUACUCUGGGAUAAAUUAGACUGAACUGAUAUGAAUGACUGUUUUUUUUUUAAAGGAUAAUCUAGCAAAUAAAAAUUGGUGCUGCAAUAAGGAACGAAAAGUUAAAGCCCAUAUCAAACAUGAGGAUAUAUUUUCCCAUGAUAAUCAGCUUCUGUAAACCACUAUGGUAUUUUUUUUAAUGGAAAACAGUUUAGACAUAAAUACUCUCACCAUGGUUCCAAUCUGCACUGGGCCCGUUACACCUUCUGUAUAAAAAAAUUAUUCCCACAACUGUCCAUUUCAUGAAUGGCUUCAUAUCUGGUAUGGUGCCUAGACAUUCUUGUGUAAGACCGUCAUUUAAGACCUGUCUGAAAAUACCAAGUGCUAAAAUAAAAUUGUACACUGAUUCACAGGGCAGAGCUUGUUGAAAGGCAGGUUAAACUUUAAUUCAAAGCAAAUGCAUUGGAGUAAAGAAAAUAUUAAGGUACAAAUACUAAUUUGAGACAGGCUCUAGAGAUCUUUACAUUUGCCUAUGUAGGAGGAUAUCUUUACACAGGCUAGGCAGAGCCUAAUUAAUUAGUUUCUACUUGCAUGUACAAUAUGUCCUGCUUUUCCAGCAAUAGCAAAAAGGGUGUACAUAGAACACAUGGAUAAAAUUAUAUAUAUUUUGCCCUGUUCCUUAAGGGGGUUGACUAUACUGUUAUGUUUGUGAGAGCAGGAGGUACUGUUGAAUUGGGCAUAUGGUGGAACAGUUUUUCUCUGCGUAUUAGCCAGAAGGAUGUAAUUACUAGCCUAUUUCCAGUGCCUGCCAUCAAGUGAUUGCUGCUUUCUUUUCAUUCACCGCAUAAAGUCUAUACGCUUUCUUUGUAUUUUAGAACGCUUCCUAAAUAAAGCUUAAGCAUCCAUUCUUAGCAUAAUCAUCUCCUUUUAUUAAUGAACUACCAAUCUGCAUACAGCUGUUGCAACAAAGAAAUCUGAUUAGGGAGGGGUUUGGUACAGUCGGCUGCUGCUUUUCUCUGUGUUUGGCCACGUACAAAGAGUUUGUUUAGUCUCUUAUAGUAUGUGUGGCGCAAAGGCACAUGAAUCAUUUGUCACCCAAAACUGGACUGUACUAUCCUAAUCUGUGUAGAUAUAAACAUUUACCAUUUUACAAAAUAAUUCAGCUAGCUUCAUCGAGAUUUUCUUCUACAUUGAAAAUCAAUUCACAUUAAUUUAAUAAGCUCUAUGGCCUUGGAGGAAUAUUAAUAUUUUGCAUAAGUAAAAAGUCAUGACUUUAGUCCCAAAUCUUGGAUGUUAACCACAGGCAAAAAGUAUCUCUUAGAAAAUCCCAUGAUGGUUUCAUAUAUUUGACCAUGAUACAUACCACCAGGUGCUACAUGCCCUGGUGACAUAUGUAUGUAAGCAAAGAUUUCUCCCAAAGAUGAUGAAGCAUCAUAAGCUAGAAUGAGAGUUCUUCAGUCCAGGUGAAAGAUAGUUAAAAGGAGGUUUAUAAUUUAAAAAAAAAAAAACACCCGCUAACGGUGCCUCAGUCUUAUAUGAACUUUAGUUUAUUGGGUCUCAUCCAGUCCACUACUGAGGCAAGACAGCAGUCCAGCACAUCCACUGCCACUCCUGCAGAUAUAAAGGAGAAGCAGAGCUGUGUGUCAUCAGCAUAUUGCUGACAACAUACUCCAAAUCUCCAGAUGACCCCACUCAGUGGUUUUAUAUAGAUGUUAAAUAGCAUGGGGAAUAAAAUUGAACUCUGAGGAACCCCACAUUGAAGGCUCCAUGGGGCCGAAGAGCAUUCUCCAAGCAUCACCCCCCCCCCCCGAAGCAGAUUAUUCUCUUUUUAGACACCAAAAAGCAUUUGAUAAUGUGGAGAAGCAGCAUUUUAAUUGUUUCUUGAACCUUUUAAAAUUAGCUAUUUUAGAUGUUGGAAUCUGUUUUCAGUAAGGGUCUUUUCAACAAUCAGGUUUUUUUUCUGGUUUUUGUUAUACAGAAGGGCAUGUCAAAGUUACUACUCCUGUUAUAAUUUGUGCUUUCAUUAGAGCCUUUGCCAAUUGAUACCAGGAAGAACAAGUUGACAUUGUUAUCCCUAGUGUGUCUGUGUUACCCGAUCCUAAAGCUGAUGGGGUUGAGGUGCAAAUAAGUUCCAAAAUAUAAAUUACAGUAAGGUUGUGGAAAAUUCUGACUGGAAAAAGAGUAAGCGAAUUAGUUUAUUGCUUAGAAGGAUAGCAGCUAUUUAUUGUGUAAAAUACUUUUUCUUAUUUAUGAAAAUUGCCAUUCAGGUUAAUCUUUCUAUCUUGGAAAUGUAUCUGAAAUUGUGGUUUUUUUAAAAUUUAGAUAGGCAAAUAUGUCUCAACAGCUACUCUAGGAGGUUCUUUAUCAAGUUAAUAGAGGAGCCUAGGAGUUCUUUAUAUUUAAAUGUACCAUCAAGCAGUUGAACUUACUUCAGUGUAUGACUGGUUUCAUCCAUUUGAAAAGCAGAACAUGGUUUAUUAUUUUUUUUAAUGACUCGACUUGUUUGCUUUUGUUUCAAAAAUGGUUAUGGCCUAUGAUGUGUUAAACCUGGAUUCUAUUAUUGCCUUAUUUACAUUAGUGUUAACUUAGAUCAUGUUUAAGACUAUCAUUAUUUACUUCUGUGCUAUUAAAAAAACCAAGUCACAGAAGUUCUACAAAAUCUUUGCAAACAUUACAACAUGGAAGCACAUAUUUAAUUUUCCUGUACCAGGAGUAAUGUAGAACUUGACUGAGGUUGGGGGCAUUCAACAGAACUCCAGAUACCCAGUAAAGGAGUGUGUGUUGGCUAUAGGUAGCAGUGGUGAGAUAUCGGGCCAGAAUCUCUUUCUUAGCAGUGCUUCUCAAGCCAUUCUUAGAAACCCUGAGUGCUUCUUCCAGUCAGCACAGUUAAAGGAAGCAGUGAAAAACAAUGAAAUAACAUUGGAUAAUAACCUUCCUACAUCCCCCUCCAAAGCACUGUCAUUGGAAGUAAAAAGGAUAAGCAUUCCUUGGUUGGAAGCUACAAUUUUUGUCACCAAAGUGCAUGCGGUCUCACACUUUCUUCCUGCCUACCAUUUCCUUUUAUAGAGAACUGGGGAAGAGUAUCUAUUUUUAAUGAUUUUCUGUGUCCCUCCGAAGCAGCCUUUCCGAACAUGGUGCCUUCCAGACAUCUGGCCUGCAACAGCCAUCAGUCCUAAGCAGCAUGGUUCAUGGUCAGGGACGAUGAGAGUUGUAAUUAAAAACAUUUGGAGAGCACCACAUUGUAGAAGUGUCCCUUGAAACUUCAGGAGCGGCCUGGUUCACUUCAGACUGCUCUGGACGAGGUCUGAAUCUCUGGAUGUUGGUUUUGUCCAAACUGAAUGCAUACCCCUAGUUAUUCCUGUUCCGGUCAUUAACUACUGCAAGAGGAAGAUUGAGGCUAGAGCACGAAAAAACUGAUCGUAUGGUUGUAUAGUAAUUAUUGUAUUGCUAAUAGGAGCUAAUAAGGGUGACUGUUGCAUUGUGGACAAGCAAUGUCUGUAAGAGAGUUUUCUCCAUACGCAGAAGCCAUUGUGAAGUGUUGUGUUGAGAACUGGUGACAUGUGUUCGGUCUUGUAGCCAUUAUGCCCAGGAAUAAUACUGUGGUAUUUAUGAUGAGGCUUGUAAGCUUUCUCCUGGGGUUCCCAGUUAUCUUUCUAUUCCAUUUUCAAGGGAUAUAUGAAGGAGGUAAUCACUGGUCUUCAGUUACCACUUUUCCCAUCCUGCCUUGUUCUGGUCUAAAGGGUCUUUGUAAAUAGGCCCUGUAAAGUUUAACGUGGGAUUUUUAGUUCCAUUGAGAAUGCUGAAAGUUAUAUUUAUUUAUCCACCACACUAGUGGUCACAAAGGGUUCCUUCUGUUAACCUCCAACACAGGUAUGUGGAAAUUUUGGCCCUCCAGAUGUUGAUGAACUACAACUGCCAUCAAUUCUAGACAGCAUGGCCAAUGGACAGAGAUGAUGGGAGUUCAGCAAAAUCUGGAGGGCCAACUGUUCUCUAUGCCUACUCUAUAGGAAUCUGCUUUUGGAAACUGAGCAACCCUAUCUAUGGCAAAAAAAACCCACACCUAUCAAGGUACUGCAUCAUGCUUGCUUAAGACAGCUGAGUAGGUGAUACUGUUUUGGAGUGCAGUAAAUGAAACAACAAUGACAAGCAUCAGUAUUCACCAAUUCUGUUUCUUGCUUCUCCACUAGCUCCAUUAUUCCUCCUCCUAAUAGCCAACUGUCCUUUAACCUGCUCUCAGAAGAUGGUCCACAUAAUGUUCCUGACUUUGAUGGAUCUGGUGAAAGCCAACCUUUGGUGAUUCUGAGAUGCUUUUCUAUUAUUAUAUUGUAUAUGCCUUUUUAUUUAUUAAAUUUGUAUACUACCCUUCAUCUGAAGAUCACAAGGUUGUUCACAAUAUAAAAAUACAAAAUGAGAACACAAAAUACACAAUAAAACAGAAAAUCCCCCUCCCACAAAUGCAUUUAAAAAGCCAUAGGAUGUUAAUCAGCCAAAUGCCUGGUUGAAGAGAACCAUUUUUGCCUGGAGUCUAAAGCUAUGUAAUGAAAGGACCAGGCCAGCCUUCUUGGGGGAGAGCAUUCCACAAGUGGGGAGCUACCACAGAAAAGACCUGUUCUUGAGUUGCCACUCUCUAGACCAGUGUUUCCCAACUGGAGGCCAUGACCCUCUGCCCCCCCCCCUCCGGAAUAUUCCAAGGGGGGCACAGGUGAAAAUUACGUAAAUGGGGGGAGCCACAGCAUGAGGCUAGGGGGCCAUAGAGGGAAGUGAGAAGAAAAGAUUUUUUAAAAUAUAUACGUAAAUCCUGAUUGGCAGACUACCUGCUUAGCAUGUCAGGAGGCAGCCCACCAGGGGGCGGCCUAGAGCUUCUUUUUGCCACAUGCAUUUUCUUGGAGCAGCCCGUAUGUUUCCAGUGGGAAAUGGCAACCACUGAGACUCCCAUUUUGACCACUUCUUGUAGCUGCCCCCAGUGCUGGACCAGGUGGCCGCCUGGGCCUGACUCCACAAGGCAGGUGCAAUCCACCCCGGCGCCUAGCAGAUCAGGGUCUUUGGAUGUUGCAGAGGGCCAUCAGCCUGGCUCUGCAUUGGGGGGGGGGGGCGAAAUCCACCCCAUCACCUAUCCAAGCAGGGUUGUUUGAUGCUGCUGGCUUGCAUCUAGUAAAUAACUAAGUGUCUGCUCGGAAGAAAGCUGCACUGAGUUCAGUGGGCCUUACUCCCAGGUAAAGGUGUGUGGGGCUAUAGUGUUUUUUCUAGGCAGCCAGGGCUCCUUCGGAUGACAAGAUCUUUUUGCAUCAGGUCAGUGAGGACCGCUUGUUUUUAAAAUUCUCCCGUAUAUGCAGUACUCCCUGUGCGCCUUUUGCAGACCCUUCACGUGUCCCUGUUUUCCAGGGACCAAUCCCGGAUUUACAGAAGUUGUCCCAGUUUCUGAUUUGAUCCCAGAAUGUCCCACUUUUCCUUAGGACGUCUCUAUUUUCACCAGAGAAAUGUUGGAGAGUAUGGAAUUAUCCAACCCCCACAAGCCAUCUGAAGGCUGCCCUGAAUAGGGAAGUUUUUAUAAUGUUAAAUGUUGUAUUAUGCUUUUAUAUAUCUUGGAAGACGCCCAGAGUGGCUGGGGCAACCCAGUCAGAUGGGCGGGAUAUAAAUAGUAAAAUUAUUAUUAUGGAAUAGGACGUCCUUAUUUUCAUCAAGAGAAAUGUUGGAGGGCAUGCCUUUGGACUGUUAUCUGUAGGUUUCCCCCUCUGUGUCAAAUCGCUGGGGUCAAAUAAAUGUUUACUUUUUAUAAUACAUGGAAGAUGGAUCUCCUUCGGGAGGUUCUGGACUCUCCUUCCUUGGAGGUUUCUAAGCAGAGGCUGGAUGGCCUUCUGUCAUGGAUGCUUUGGCUGAGUUUCCUACGUUGCAGGGGGUUGCACUAGAAAUAAGACCCUUCUAGCUCUAUGAUUUUAUGUUUUUCUGCUUCAACAAUAUUUCAUUAUGUUCCUAUCAUUUUAUGUAAUUGUAUUUUGUAUAAAUUAUAAAAGUUAUAAAAGUUAAAACAUGUUAUGUUUACAAACAAAACAGUAGUUGCUAAUCACAUUAUUAAUGUAACAUCUAGUUUGACCGUUUUAAAGCACAUUUUGGAUGUUCUGUAUGUGUAGUGGGUUAAUCUGCAUUUAUAACUAAUUUCUGAGGUUGGAAACAUUACUGUUGUAUGUAUGAUUUCAGGUUUAACAGAUAAAGGUUUUUUUAUUACAUAAAAUGAUGGAAUAAAAAGUUCAGCUAAGGAGGAUGUCUAUACUUGGACUCUUAAGGAAAUGCAUAGGUCUUUUGAACUUUCCUUAGUGGUUUAGUUCAAAUUUGCUUCAUGUGGGUAUUGGUUUUCUCCAGGAAGUGUAAACAAUAUAUGGGAGUUGCAGCUUUUGUGCUCUGUAAGGAGUAUAAUUAUGUGCAUUCCUUAAGGAGAGGUUAGAAAUAAAUCUUAUCAGACCUGAUUAUGUGGGGGUUGGAAGGAGGUUUUCUUAAUUGAAACGCCUUUAAGAUUUAUAUUGAGAAAUGGUUUGCUAAAGCCUUUGGAAUUUGUUAAAUCCAGUCACUAUACAUUUCAUGGAUAUCCUGGGAUACACAGAGAGACCAUAUUGCUUAAAAAUAGCCUUUGUUAAAUUGUGGGGAAGUGGGUGUGUGCUUGGAAUGAGGAUUGGAAAAACCCAAACAUUCUUUAACACGUCUCCAUUCUUGGUUUAUCACACUAAAGAUUAGAUAUUGAGAAUGCAUAAUUUGCAUGUAUUCCUAUAAUACAUUCUUUUUAAUUUAGAAUGCUCAGAAUAAGGGUUCUGACCACAACUUUCUGAUGCUUGAGAGUAAUGAAAAACCAGUAUGAUUUAUUUCCUAGUGUUAAUCUACAGAGAUAUAGAACAGGACAAAUGCUUGAUUAACCCAUUGUGCCAUAUUGUCUGGCAUCCACUAACAGCAGAUUAGAACAUUUAUAGAGAGCAAGCUUAUGAAUGGAUGUUGGCCACCAUCUCUAAAUGGAGUAUUCAUGUUCAGAUAUACUAUAGCUCUAAGAUCCAAAUACUAGGUACAAACAACGGGUGGCCUUUACCUUUAUACCCUCUUUGUGAGUUCUGUGUUGAAACAUUAGGUUGGCCAUUAUGGAAAACAGAAUUCUUGACUAAGUGGGCUUUGACAUGAUACAGUAGUGAUCAUAUUAACUUCUGACCCACUGGGGUCUUCUUAUCUUGGAUUGCAGAAACAUAGGUUUCUCAUGAACAGCAUAAGCUAUACAGAAAUGUCACUUGUCAUCAUGCUAUGUCCACAAACCACUCUCUGCUCAUUUUCUGCUUCAGCCAUGCUCUUUUAAAAGAGGCAACAUAACCGUACAGGGAGAAUAAUUAGCAUGCUUUUACCUCUUUAAAAACUCAGAAUAACUCCAACUCUUAAUAUACCAGGGAGACCUGUGUUGUAAUUUAAAAGCCUUCCCUUAAUGUGGUCAAUUCCUUGCCCUAAUUCUAAAGGGAUGUUAAUUAAGAUGUCAGGCUUCAUACUAAUAGUAGCCCUGGCUUAGCAUAACACUAUGCACUGGAAGAAUGAACACUAAAAUGUCAUUUUACUUAAACUAAAAAGCUCAGUCAAAGCCAGGAGCUGCAAAGCAAGUAGAACACUCAGGAUAAUGUCUGGCAAAUUACCUUGAUGGACCAGCGUCUUGAAAUGUUUGUAGCACUUAGGUGUUUAAACACUAUGGUGAUUUUAUUUUUUAAAAUUGUUUACUAGCACAUAGCAUCUUGAAACAGUAUACACUUCAAAUCCUGAACCACAGUUCUGAAAUCUGUUAUACAAAUCACAGUGUACACUGGCUGUUUUCCUAUCCAUUACUUUAAUUUCUCUUCUAGGUCAAUGUUCGAGUUACCACUAUGGAUGCAGAGCUGGAGUUUGCCAUCCAGCCUAACACAACAGGCAAACAGCUGUUUGACCAGGUCAGUAUAUAGUGUGUAAGUUUUCAUCAAAGUUUUCUGCAGGGAGGAUGGAUCACCUGAGACUUUCUCCUUUGCUCAAGGAACCAUUCACUGGGUGGCAUGUUGCAGAUCUGCCUCUGUACAAAUCAGCAAUAGAAGCUGGUGUUCCUUUAAAAAUCUUAAGUUUGCAUGUGCCUGAAAUCCUUAAGGAGAGGUAAAGGGAUUUUCCACCUACUCUUCUGGACAUAAAGAAAAGGGAGAAAACCCCAGCACUCUGGGUCUGUCAAGUAAAGUUGUUAGAUCAAAAUUUAAUCAGUAAAGGAAUAUAGCAAAAAGUACUGUGUGUUCUGUGACCUUGCUGCGAUUUAGAAAAAAAGGAAAUCUAGAGUCUUCAUUGAAGCUAUAUUGCUCAGGGGUGAGGGGAAAGCCAUUCACUUCCAAAAUGGGUAGGAAAAAUUGUGUCAAGAUUGUUUAUUUGCUACACACACAACUUUGUAAUGUAACAGUACUCAGUAAAUAAAAGUUUUUAGAUUAAUUGGCUGCUAAUAAAUUAUUUCUAGGGUUCAAGUACAGGUUCUGUUAUAUUGAAUCAACAUGAGUAAUUGUAGAAGUGUGUAUUAAUCAUACUUAAACUGCUCAGCACCUGUCACUGCUGUGGGAUUACCAAAUGGGGAGAAGAAAAUACCCUGUAUUAAAGGGGAUGUGGUAAUGACUUAAUGGAGCACAUCCCAAAGAAUAUUGGAAAGGCUUUAAUAUGGUCAAUCUGUAUACUUUGGAAAUGGGCUUGCAUUUUGUCAUUUCUACUUAGUAAAGGUCACCACAGAAUUUGCAACAGGAAAGCUAUGCUAUUCUGCUUUACUAGUUCCUUAAGGUUUAUAAGAUACACUGUGCCUUUAAGGGAUUUGUCUGUUAUUGGUGGCUGUUGUAAGAAAAAUAAAAGACAAUUGGGAAUGAUCAAUAGAGUGUAAACAUUUGUAGAUAUGAUAGUCCACUCACCUUGUUACAGUGAUUGAAUUCAGGUGUGGGUAAUAUUCCACCUGCAUCCAGUUUGCCAUUUAUAUUGAUAUCCUCAGGCAGAGAGGCAAUGACUGCAAGGCAUUUGACCUAUGCACAUGUGGGCCUUUGGGUUAGAGACUAUAAUGAACUGUGUAGUACAGCAGAGGGUCUGUAUAUUUCUAUUAUUGUGAAGUCAGAGAAAAUUGUACAGUGCUACAAAGAAUAAAAUCCAGUUUUCCUCUUAAUAUAUCUUGCAAAUUCCUAUUUUAUUUUUUACAACCAAGGAGGGAAAGCAAUAUUGCACCAUCCAUAGCUGUAUAUUAACUACAGUAGAGUUUUAACUAUUUUUUGAAGUUGUGAAUAGGGAAAGAGAGUUUUGUUAAUAAAUAACAAAUAUAAGAGGUUAGCAGUCACUUUUCUGCCAGCGAUUUAACUCUUUCACAAGGUUUAUGUAAGAAUAUAGGAUUUGAGAAUUUAGCAAGUUUUCCUUAUGUAGAAAGGAAAGGCAGCAUGUUGUGGGGUGUCAGUUCUGUGCAUUUUAUGAGGGAAAUAACGUUGGAGGCUGUCAGUGCCACCAUUUCUCUCUGUCUAGGCUAGGAAGCUGAGCAGGUAGUGCCAGCAGCCUGCUUAAUGCCGAGAAGUGCAAGGCAGAAUUGUUUACAGGAAUGGCAGAUCGAUAGUGGAAUAACCCUUCUGGGUCAGAGGAAGGUUCAUCAGUUCCCACAUUCUGUUUCCCAGGGAUGUAGAGCAUGUGUCACAUUGAGCGUCCUCACCUCAGGACCUGACAUUUGAAUGUAAAUUGCUUCCAUACAACUGAGAUUCCUUUUAAGAGCUAGUUUAUUUAAAAGUAAACUAUCAGGAAUUGCCUUAUCUAGUGUGGUAAUUAAUUCCAUGUUAGGUUUCGGAUGAGAGAAAAAAACUUUAUUUUGUCUGACCUGAACCUACUGCGAAUCAGUGCCUUUGGAUUUCUGUGUUUGUGUGUGUGCAUGAGAGAGAGAGAGAGAUUUUCUACCUCAUGCUUCCCCACCCACAUAGUUGUCUCUUUUCUAAACAAACAAACAAACAAAGCCCCAAUGUUUUAAUAAGGGAAAUGUCCUAAGGCCUUGCCAGUGACCCAACUGCAGCCCUGUAGCCACACAACCCUGACCCUGCAUUUAAAAAUAAGGUAUUCUAGAACAGAUGCCUGUGGAGGCCUGACAAGACUUCUCUGUAGAAAUGAUGCAACAUCUCUCAGUUGCCAAUAUGUACAACCAGAACAUAGUCGCUUUCCCUCCAUAAAAGGGUCUCUUUCUUGGCUUUUUCCUUCCACACCAUCACUGUGCCUUACAUAGGUAUUUUCAGGAUUUGGGUAGUAUCACUCUGUUUCUGCUGUUAGUAACAUCAGUAAGCCUGGAAACCUUGCCCGCCCCCCUAAAGAUGUUGGGAACAGCAGAGUGAGGAUGAAGAUAUAUGAACAGGCCUCAAUUCCCAAACAAAGUGUAAUAAAUGGAAAAAAGAUUAAGUACCACUGCCCUAAAGGGGGCAGAUCUCUGAGGAAGUUGUCCUACAAGUGUUUGCCCCUUUGAUCUGUAUUCAUAACGAAGUUUAUGCUGUCGGUUCAUCCAGUGUGUUUAAAGCAAUUAUAGUGUUCAUUAAAUAAUUUAUCAGAUCUGAAAAGAGCCAGACAACUCAUGGUCCAGAAAGUCUCGCUAAUUAUGCUCAAACUGUACUGGAGAAUAGAUUUAAACACAGCCCUGCAGAACAUAAAUUAACUUAAAUUGGUACAUUACUGAGGCUAAAUACUGCAGUUUCCCUUGGUUGCAAAACUAGUUCUGAAUGCAUGAGACUCUCCUAAAAUAUAUAAUUCCAAGUGUUCAUUUUAUCUCUGGCACUGCUUUAGAGUGUGUGUUUUCUCCCACAUUCAGUGCUUUUUAUUGGCUUUGGAGCUUGUAUUGAUAGGGAUUCACAUUGCCAUCCUUUAUUUCCUUGCCAGAAAUAUUUUUUGCAAAUUCCAUUUGUUGCUUCCUUUAAAAUGUUUUAAGUAUCAGAGUUGUGAAGCAACAAAUCUGCACUAUACUUUGCAAAUCUGAGUGGCAUUCCUCUCCCACUAUGUGUUCUGUACUCUUAAUCUCAAGAUUUUCCAUAGCACGUAGUAAAGAUUUGAAACUUUUCCAGGUGAAAUACGGAAUGCUGAGAGAAUUAUGUGAUAGAAUUGUAAUUAAACAGUGGUGCAAAAUUUUUGUGUUACUUCACCUAAUUCUUGGGCAUAUUUUUGGGAGUGAGGCAUUUUAUUUUGUUUUGACACUUGGUUUAAAAUAGUAUUUGCAUUUCAACUAUUUCAGUAAGCAAACUGAGGUUACAUGAGGCUGGAAAUUUUACUUAAUUCCAAAAUGUCAAAACAAUUCAUUCUCUCUGAUGCAUUUCCAGACCGUAAAAGCAUAGUCUUGAGAGUUGGUCUUGUCUUUAAAUAGGGCAUCUUACUUUUAUCUUUUUGUAAGCUCUUCCUUGAUUUCCAUUUUGUCUCCUAUUACUUGUCAUUGAUUUAAUCUGUUAGAUUAUCUGUCACUAAUAAUCUAAUGCAGUUGAAGGAGACAAUCCCCACAGAGUGUUAAUUAAAGGCAAAUGGCAUAAAUAUGUCAAUUGGCUAUCAGGGCAACUAGUAGAUCACAGUAAGAGUAAAUCACUGCAGAAGGAAUGCCAUUUUAACACAUGGCUAGCUUUAUGCUACUUUUAAUCACUGUUACUAUUUUAUUAUUGAAAAUCACCCUGAAAAGAUAUAUUUAUAAAAAUAUGUGUGUGGUAUAGAAAAUUAUUAAUGGGGAAGUCUUUGACACCUUAAAGCAUCUUCCACCCCACAAAGCAGAUGCUGCUACUUCAUUCGUUUUUGAAAAUUUGUAGUAUUGUAGUUUUCUUUUUUAAAAAAAUCUUAUGGGAUUGCUUUUGACAGGAGAGCAAUUACAGUUUUGCAUGAGCUAAUAGUUGUUACACUUGGCCGCUCAUCUUGUUUAAAUUACAAUAUCAGAAUUAAUUACAGGAAGCUUUUACAGCUUUCAAGCAGCUUUGCAGUUUUUAUUAAGGAAGGAUCACAUUUCAGAGAUACAGCUCCUCCUAGCUGAGCCUUCUUUCUCUAUCUGGGUCUCUUUGAACCCUGAGACUCUUUUUAAGAGAGGCAUCUAGUUAUGCUAUUACUGAUGAGACUGCACCAAGCAGCUCUUAAAUUUUGGAGUGCUUAAAAAAAAGAAAGAGCUGUAAAUACCUAUUGGUUUCAUUGUCUGUUUUGCACACUGAUUAAUCUGACCUCUGAUAAUAGGAGGCAGCAGGCAACUGAUCAGCAUGUCCUUUGUUCAGCCUUUCAAACCAGCAUUUUUACACGGAAAAAACCUUACCAAGCAUUUGCCACGUUCUCCUCUCAGCCUUUUGUUUCUUCCCUGUAUUGAAUGGGAUCAAAUUCCAUGGGAUCAAGUAGUCCUGGCAAAGCUGGCUUUUAGAGGGUCUUGAAAUUUGCAUCUUUUUCAGAGGGUGGAGUUGGCAGUCCACAUAUUCAGGCUUACGUGCUAUGGCAAGUGUCUUAGAAAACAUAGGUGUUUGACCUUUUUAUUUUAACUCUUCUGGCCUCCCUUCUUCUCUUCUUUUAGGUGGUCAAGACGAUAGGCUUACGUGAAGUCUGGUACUUUGGUCUUCAGUAUGUGGAUAACAAAGGAUUCCCAACCUGGCUGAAGCUUGACAAAAAGGUAAAUGAAAUGAACUGAAAUGGAAAAUACAGCCACAGCUGUGCACUAGCCACCUUAGCUGCAUCUCUGCAUUACUUUAUUAUACAAGAAGGGCACACAGAUAAUAUUGAGUGUGAACUUGCUCAAUAUUAGUCUGCAAUGGGACUUACAGUACCAUGAGACAUUUGGUUGGGCCUGGCAGACACUAGGGAGCCAUCUACAUCAGGAGUUCAAUCCAGUAAGCCCAUCAAUUGCUGUGGUGACUUUCAGAGGUUAAAAUGCUUAGUAUGGGAAACUCCAUUUAAGAAAAAAGAGAUUCAGUGUUAAAACUAUUCAGUCCUCUGGUGACUAACGGCCUGGCAAACAAGAGUUCUUGCUUAAUUUCUGAAUACUGACUGUUUGUACGUAGUCUAGUCUCAGCUUGUCUGUUGCCUACUCCAAAUAGCUGGCUAUUGUGUUUAUUUCAAUUAGCGGAACUUCUCGGUAUACAUUGCUUAAUCUCUGCAGGACUAGUUGCCAAAUUGCCUGGAAUAAAUUGUUCUCGCAGAUUAGUGAAUUACCAUGUGGAGACUAGUAUAGACCUAUUCCUUGUUCUAAAGCCUUCAGGAUUUUUAAAUAAAACAAGCCAUGUGUGUGCCUGUGUUGUCAUAGCUUUCUCUUUUCCAGCUUACGGUUGCUAUUAUGGCUGAUGCUUUGGUGAAAAACAUGAUAGCAUUGUACUGCAGUUCUGUUCUGUUCUGAGAUAAUUUAUUCCUCUUGCCAUCCUAGCAAACAUUCAGCAUGAGCUGUACAUAAUAUUGAUAUACCUUAGGAAUGCUGAUGCACUAGUAAUUUGGUCUGGCAUUGUAUAAUGAGCAAAGUGGCUGAAAGCAUGCACUCAUUACUUCAUCACACAUCUAAGCAUCUAUUUAUUUAAUAAAUUAUGCUCCGUUUUUUCACCAUGCAUCUCAAAGCUGCUUAAGAAAAGGCAAAACAUACAUCGUUGCAUCCAGAUAGUUACUAUGAGGCUGCCCUUUGACUUAAAUAAAUGAAGAGCCCCGAUCGAAAGUAGCACCAAAGAAUGGAGUACAAAGUAGGAUGUGAAGAGCAAAAUCGCCUCUUGGCAAGUGGGAAGCCUUAUGGUCACAGUGCUAAGGACAGUGUUCAGCUGAAUAAUUGUGUGAGUAGAAUGACACCUGCUUGUGCUACUGGACUCCACCACCACUGUCACCCCAUGCCAUCCUCAGUUAUACUCCAAAGGGAUAGGGGAAACCACAGAACAAAUUUAGGAGGGGUGUGGAGUAAGGGGAGGAGUCCUGUUGUGCAAGCAGAAGUUUUUCGUCUCACACAAGGAGCUAUUUAGAGUUUCUGUGCAACUCUAAGGCUGACAACCAAAAGACUUAACUUUGAAUAAUGUGUUCAGAAAUGUUAAUAGUCAACAAUAAUUUGCUAACAUUCAAUUGUGUUUUGACAUGCUGCUCAUGUUUUGCUGCUGCUCCCUCCUUGCCCCCUCUCCAUUUCAGGUCUCUGCUCAAGAGGUCAGGAAAGAGAACCCUCUUCAGUUCAAAUUCCGUGCCAAGUUCUACCCUGAAGAUGUAUCUGAGGAGCUGAUCCAGGACAUCACACAGAAGCUGUUCUUCCUGCAGGUGAAAGAAGGAAUCCUUAGUGAUGAAAUCUAUUGCCCACCUGAAACUGCAGUCCUCCUUGGGUCUUAUGCUGUGCAAGCCAAAUAUGGAGACUACAAUAAAGAGCUGCACAAGCCUGGAUACCUCAGUUCUGAACGCCUCAUUCCCCAAAGGUGAGAACGUCUCAUGGAGAACUUAGGGACAGGGCUUCUCUGGGGAAUUUUAAGUGCAUUCUUUAAAACUUAGAUGUGCACAAGUUUAAACUAGGGCUUACAACUUUCUCACCUCAUGGGUUUCCUUUUUGUUUGUUUUUUGUAUAUUUAGAGUAAUGGACCAACAUAAACUCUCUAGAGAACAGUGGGAAGAACGGAUCCAGGUCUGGCAUGCCGAACAUGGUGGAAUGCUCAAGUGAGUUAUGGCACUGAAGGGGUCUGUUUGUUUUCUUGAGCCCACAUUUUGCAUUCCCAUUCCUCACCAGCUCUUAGAUGAAAGGUAACCCUGUAGCAAAGAACUUUAACAGGUUCUUUACAUAUAUCUUGCUCUGGCCCGUCAUCUUCUCUGCAUUCCUGAUACAUAAUUGUCCGUUGAUGUAUGUAGAAAUUCUCGUGCUGGGCACAAUGUGUGGGUGAAGCACAACAUGAUAGACUGGAAUUUUUGAAAUGCUCUUGAAAGUACACAGGUGGGGCUACAUUCAAUGAGUGUGUAAGCAAACACGUGUAGUGUUCAACAAGUGUAGUGUCUAUGUACCUGUGCAUACAAUAGAGAUGAGUUGUACAAAUCAGCAACUGCACACUCCUCCACCCAAACACUUGCACGUGUGUACAGGUAGUUUGUAUCUGUUCAGUGUAACUUCUGAACAAGCUUAUAGGCAAAAGCUUUAGAGGAUUAGCAAAGCUGGAAGUUUAUUUAUGGAAGUAUUUCUAUUGUACCAUAUCAUAAAAUAUCAGGGCAGUGUACAAAAAUAAAAAAGCCAUUAAAAACGAUAGAAAAAAUAAUUGUGGCGAGUGGCUAGUUAAAAAGCUGUGAAGGCCUGUUGGCAUAAAGAUGUCUUCAAGGGAUGCCUGGAAAUCUAAAGGGAAGGAUGGCAGCCCAUCACGGCUGGAAGCAUGGCAUCCACAGCAUGGCAUCACCUCCUGUUACCCCAAUGAGUGCAUUUAUUUUCCCACUGGCACAAAGGUUUUGCAUCAGUCUUAAGAGAAACAUCAUCUAACAUUUCCUACGUAUGAUUUCCUUGUCAACCAGAGAGAAUGCCAUGCUGGAAUACCUGAAGAUUGCCCAGGAUCUGGAGAUGUAUGGAAUCAACUACUUUGAAAUCAAGAAUAAGAAAGGGACUGAUCUCUGGCUGGGAGUAGAUGCACUUGGGCUGAACAUUUAUGAGAAGGACGACAAGUAAGCGGAUGUUUUAUUAUUCCUUUGAGGUUGAAGAGCAGGCAUUAGUGCCAGAGAAUUCUCUCGUUAUCUGUGCUUUGUAUUUUUAUGGCAGCCUUAUCAAAGCAAGUCACCUUGGUGUGCUGAAUACGGUUGUGCUGGGAAACACGUGGCCCCAAAGUGACUUGCCUUUACUAUCUCCAAACUGCGACCUGUUUUCCCCUUAACUCGUAUACUAGCCCUUUAGAAGGGCAGGCAGGGGUCAAACGGAAGAAUCCAUUAUAUGGUGUAAAGGUAAGCCAUAUAUCAGAUCCUAAUGAUAGGGCCGGCAGAAACUUGGAUCCAACUUCAUCAAAACAUUGUGCAUAAGCAGAAUUAAUUGGGAGGAAUUCAACAUUGCACUUUGGCAAUCAUUCUGUCAGGGCAAUCAUUUUGGCUUGUUAGAUGGAAUGAUUCCCCCUUUACCUUCUCCUGAUCCCCCAGAGCCAAAUUUGAGGGGUGGGGAGAAGGGGGAAAGCCCCAUUGUGCAAAUUAAGUUAUUGCAUUCAUUAGUUGAAUCCUGCCCAUUAUCUCUUAACUGAUCGCUGGUAGGUGUCUACCAACAUCUGAAGCAGACAGGACUCUAGGGCCAUUCAGAGCCAAUAUACAAUAUAUUCAAGUUGGAGAGAGCACUUUAACUCACUUUUGUUAGUGGCUGGCUCCAGCCGUGAGCCAUUUGUGCGCACCUGUCCUUAGAUGGCUAGGUUGGAGUCAAACUGGAAGCAAAAUUAGGUUGUGUCCUCUGCCAUACACAAAUUUGUAGCUGAUCCUCUUUCAUUAGGUAGCUGUGAGAUCUCUAGUUUUGGAAGAAGGGUGGGGAAACAGCAGACUGGUAAUCAGGAAGCAAGAGAGAAGAAACUUAAUGGGGACAAAAUGCAAAAGAAAACUAGUCCUAUUCACGUGCAGCAGAGUUAAAGGAUAUGAGCUUGGAAGAAUCUGAAAUAAAGAACAUACCUUUUUGCCAGUACUAACUUUGCUUUGUCCUCUCUGUUCAAGGUAAACCAUAAGCCCAUAUAACUAGAGAUGUUCAAGCAGUUUAUGGAGAUAGGAUAGAAUAGGUCUUCAUGUUGAUUUUAAACGAAAUAGUCUUGGGAUGUUAGAGUAGGAGAGAUAUUUUUCUGAAAUGCUAAGGUGCACCAUCACCCAGAAAACAAGGAGUGUCACUCUAGGUAUUGCAUGAGUGAAACUACUUCUAGUUUUAGUGUUAGCCAUAGUCAUUCAAACAGGUUUUGCAAGCUAUCGACGCUUCAGAAAGGAAACUUUGCCUCUGAAGGAAAAUCAGGGGAGGGGCAAACAUGCAUAGCAAAGUAAGCGCUGGGACACCUGAAAAUUAACUCAUAACCUUCAUGAUAUGAAGAGGCUGGAGCCCACCUUCUCUGUUUAUGCAGUUAGAUGUCUGUUUGCUUAAAUGAACUGGAGCUGGGUUGCACGUGAAGGGCUGUAGGUAGGAAUGGCCGGAUAGGAAAAAAGAGAAGGGGCCCCUGCACAUUUUAUUAGUUGUUUAGAGCAACCUUCUCCAACCUGGUGCACUUAACAUAUUUUGAACUACAACAUUUGGAAGGCAACAAGUUGGGGGAAGUCUGGUGUAGAAAAGGAAUUUCAGCAGGUUUAGCUUGCAUAGCUUGUCAUGCCUGUUGGAAUUUCCUCUUCUACACAACUGUGUCUGAACCCAGUCUUCUUCUUUUUUCUUUCCUUUUUUGCAUCUGGCCACCUUAGCUGCAGGGCAGAAUAGGGCAGAACCACACCUGUGGUUAAUAGAGCUUAACAUAUAAAUAUUAGUGCCACUGCUUUUCAUAAUGAAAACAAAAUUAUAGUUCUUCUGCACGUAAUUAUUGUGUUGGUGUUUUAAAGUGGCAGACAGAAGGGAUACAUUAAAUUUUAGUGUUACGGUUAUAAUUUUAUAGAUUGUCCUUCUAGAGAUGGGAUUGAACAGAGGGAGCAUUUUGACACCUUUCAUCAUAAGAGAUGUUCAAUACACACAUAUAAAGUAAAUGGGUAUCAACAUAUUGAAUGGAUUUUAAUAGUUUGCUUUGCUUUAAAGCAGAAAUUGUGAUAGUCUGCCAUUAACUGGAAGUGAAUUUUUGACAUGAAUAAAACCUGUAUAGAAAUGAAUUGAUGGGCAAGGUGCAACUAAACUUCCAUAAGAUAGUUUCUUUGGUUCUUUUCAAUCCGCUUAUAUCAGAAGGACAGGAAAUUUAGGAUGGUUGAACACACAGCAACCCCAGAAAAAAUAAUGCAUUGAAGCCCCAGUGAAUAAGCACUAAAAAAAGAGGAUGCAGAUUUACAUAAAGUUUGCUAUGCAAAUUUGCAUAAAUAUACUUUCAGAAAUAAUUGUCUCUCACCCUAACGGGGAACAAGACUAUGGCCAUGUGAGCUGCGUGUUCUGCAGGUGUGAACUCUCCAUGGGCAAAUUCAAAGCGACUGUUGCUGCUCACCCUUCGUAUGGUUAUUUAUAUUUUCACCAGAUUUGGACUGGACAGCCUUUCAAACAGAGGACUGUCCUCCCUAAAGUAGGACACAUGGCUGCCCAACUGUCCCAAAAGGCAAAAAUCAAAAGUCACAAAAACCAGGCAAAAGUCAACCACCACAAAAUACCCAAACAAUAGCACCUCUCAAGAAACAGGCAAAUCUCCACCCGCGAAGGGGGAAAGGAAUACAGUGGUGCCCCGCAAGAUGAAUGCCUCGCAAGACGGAAAACCCGCUAGACGAAAGGGUUUUCCGUUUUGGAGGUGCUUCACAAAACGAAUUUCCUAUGGGCUUGCUUCGCAAGACAAAAAUGUCUUGCGAGUUCCUGCGGGGUUUUUUUCCUUUUCCCCCCCUUUUCCCCAAGCCGCUAAGCCGCUUAUCAGCUGAUCCGCUAAGCCGCUUAACAGCUGAUCGCUAAGCCACUUAUCAGCUGAUCUGUUAAGCCGCUUAUCAGCUGAUCCGCUAAGCCAUUAAGCCGCUUAUCAGCUGAUCUGCUAAGCCGCUAAUAGCGCUAAUCCGCUAAACCGCUAAUGGGCUUGCUUCGCAAGACGAAAAAACCACAAGACGAAGAGACUCGCGGAAUGGAUUCUUUUCGUCUUGCGAGGCACCACUGUACAUAUACCCCACUCAGAAAGGCAGCACACAAGUGUGCAUACUCACAACAAAACAAAAGGCAUUCUGCACACAAUCCCCCAAGCAAGCACCAGUAGGAUCCCUUUUCUUAAUAAUAAUAAUAAUAAUAAUAAAAAGGUGACCAGCCCCUCCAUUCCUUUGUUGAGAGGAAGUCUUUGGUCUUAACCUGAGCCCCAGAGGUAUUCCAAGGAAAGGAGACGAAGAGGGAAAGAGACUGAAGGUCUGAACUUCUGUUUUCUAGCCAGCCCAGCACUGCCCAAGUUAAAAGAAGAAAAAGAAAAAAGGGAGGAGAAAGGGACCUCUAGCUGAGGGUGACAUAAUAUCUGUGGGGCCCCAGAUCUAAGAAAAAUUAAUACCUAGGUUUAGAACUACAGGCCCCAGGCCUGAGAUGAAAUUGAAAAAUGGUUUGUUUUACGUAAUUGCUUGUCUACAUAGGACCAAACCCGAUGGUAACAAUGCUGUAGAGAUCUGACCCUUUUUAUAUUUAAGCAUUGUCACAUUCAAGACAAUUUAUGUAUAAAAUCAAUGUAUCUUCUUGAAAAACAAAACCACAAAACCAUAAUAAUUUUGUGCUUGCAGAUUAACUCCCAAGAUUGGCUUCCCUUGGAGUGAGAUCAGAAACAUCUCUUUCAAUGACAAGAAGUUUGUCAUAAAACCAAUUGACAAGAAAGCCCCAGUAAGUAUAGCCGAUGACGAGUAUUCCUGCCAAAUCGAGAAUGUUAACUUCCAUCUUUACUCUGAUACUUUUUAUGCUAAUAGCUCAGUUGUGGAUUGUAUGUGUCAGCAAUCCACCAGUACUUCAGCUCAUAGGUAUUAAAUUGCUUAUAAAUGAUCAAGAAAAGAAAUGGUGGCAUAAAAAGUAACAUUGACCUAAUAGAAAAUUAUUGCCGUUCAGUUGUGUCCCCUCCCCCUUUUAGUAUUUUCUCCAAAAUGUUCUUUGUGACCUUAAUCUGUAGUAUGUACUUCAGAGACCGCAGGAGCAAUGAUUCAUUAACUCUUCCCAGCAACAACUCAGAUUACUGUUUCCUGUAUCUGAUGGAAAGAUUUCCUCCUGAGGCUUCUAAAUAUCUCACGCCAUAGACCACUUGCUGUAAAUAAUUUGUAUUUGCUAAUUGCCUCCCCCCCCCCCCUUAAAUACCCCUCCAAUGUAUUGGUGAGAGGACUUGGUGAGUGAAGUUGCCUCCCCUCCAGACACUCGCUUCUUCGCUACACUGAAAGCCUUUAUUUCUGUAAGAUAAAUCUGGUUGGUGACAAUUCAUGAAACGCUCCUUUAUUCUUGUGUGCAUAAGCUUCCCAUGCCAGAUAGUUGUUCAAUAUGUUGUAAUUUGUAUACAAAAUAUUUGUGAAUCUUGGGCAUAGCCGGUCUUGUACAAACUGGGAUGCACUUUUAAAAUGAGAUUUUUCAUGGGGCUUUUCCAGAAAUUUGUUGUAGCCCAGGGAAGGGCAUUGUGUCUAUAUUUAAAAAAUUUUGAACACACAAAAUGCUUCACAGUCUUUGACUGUGAUACGCAGUGAGCACUAGCAGGGUUCUCCUGCUGGCAAUUGUAGAGGGAGAAAAGCUUUUGUGUGUACAAGGCACUGGAUCACAACCCACAUGGAUCUUGGGAAAGUGGGUCCAGAAAUUCGAGGGUUCUCAUGCCUUUUACUUAAAAAGAACUGCUAUUAAAAGUCAAUUUCAUACACAGUAAUCUGCAUAAAAGGAUACUCUCUCAAAUGAAAUGCACACGUCUUUAUAGCCAUUAUCAAAGCUCAAUGAGUGUCUUUUCUCAUGAGCAUAGUAGUCUGUGAAAACCUUGGUAACAAAAGAACUCUCGACCACUGCUGCACUAUUUCUCCUAUUAGUGGGAAUUGAGAAGCUGUAUAGGCAUCCAGGUCAGAGAAACACUGAAGACAUGGUGACCUCUGUGCUUUUAAAAGAAACAUACACUGCUUUGGAUGAUUGAGGCAUGCCUUCUGUUAAGCUAAUAGAAGCUUGGAAUUAUUAGGGAACUAAGAGCCAUUGAGGUGUAGGAAUUGGACUGAGGAAGUUGGACUGCAAAUACUUAGCUCAGCUCUAAACAAACAUGACUUGCCCCAAGUCACUUAUCUACCUCAGCCUAAAUUGCCUCACAAGGCUGUUAGGCUAAAGGGGGAUUUUAAUUCUCAUUACUGUGAGGUCCUGACAUACAAGUAUGAUAAAUAGCAAGAAAACAUAACUGCAGGUCAGUGGAACUGGCAAGAUGCAGGUUUGUGCCAAGUUUACUUUGGUGAAACAGCAGUGAAGUAACUUGUUUCAAUAAAAGCUCAGUGUUGGCAAAAAAUAAAUGUGAUAAAAGUUAUCUCCAAAGUGUUGGACACCAUUUUGUUUAAACAUUUUUCAUAGCUUUGAAGUACACAGUCAGGGGGGAAAGGCAAAGUAGUAGUAUUAAUAAUAAUAAUAAUAAUAAUAAAAAUAAAAAAAUAAACACUGUUUUAAAUCUGGCUGCUUGGAGAAGUGGAAUAUUUGUUUCCUCUGCCACAUGAAUGGUUUUGUCCAGUUAUUUGACAAAAUGCUCUCAUUUCAGUCUACAUCCCAUGCCGAGUAUAUUAAUUGGUGCAGUAUAUCACUUCAGAUUAAUAGGAAGAUUAAAGUAUACAUCUCAUUGACACACUUAAAAACAAACAAACCAGAGUCAGACACUUUUAUUGUACUGUUUUUCUUAACUUUAAAUUCCAUUUCCAUAGUACCAUCAAAAUCUCUAGUCUGCAUUUGCUUCCCCUAAGUUCUCUUUUCUCUCAAUAUUUGGGCCUUGGCUCAUCAUUCUAAAGCGACACAUCAUGUGUAAGUUUCAGGAAAAGAACAAGGCCCCAUACAAUUAAAACACAUAAGCUGUUGUAAUAGGUUGCUGCCUGUGUUUUCCAUAACAAAGAACUAAGGACUGACUGAGUGGGGAAGAUGAGAAUGCUUGUGGGAAGCCCAAGUCGAUGUUGCUUUUUUUUACUUACUUUCCCCCCUUCCUCCUUCUGCCAGGACUUUGUGUUUUAUGCUCCUCGUCUAAGAAUUAACAAGAGGAUCCUGCAGCUGUGCAUGGGAAAUCAUGAGCUGUACAUGCGCCGUAGGAAACCUGACACCAUUGAGGUCCAACAGAUGAAAGCCCAGGCCCGUGAAGAGAAGCACCAGAAGCAGCUAGAAAGGUACUCGUGGUGGUGGUGGUGGUGGACAGUGGUGGGAAGGGUGUGGUUCACUUGAAUGGAGAAAGUGGCUGGGCCUAAUGUGUUGUCUUCAAUAAAACUUGGCAGAGGUAGAGAUUGGUGGUGAGGGUAAAAUGCCACCACUGCAAGGGUAGAAAUCUAGAGAACUCAGUUUUUCUUGCUAAAUGUAGGCCUCCACACUUAGCUGAGAAGAGGUGACAUAAAGCAAUAGGUAACUAUUUAAUGAAAUUGUUGUAUUGCUUUAUUUUGCAAACUGCCUUAGGUGCCUUUCCAAAAAGGCCAUAUAUAAAUGCAGUAAAUGACUAUUAAAAUAAAUAAUAUUGGAUCACAAUAGAACUGUGACAUCCAACAUUUUGUAUCCCAUAUCAAGGUGCUCCAGAGAGCCAUCUUAAUCAAUCUUAACCACUAUAAUGCAGUAAUAUGGCAACUAAGCAGAACCAAACCAGGGAACUCAUACUCUUGGAAUCUCUAUUCUUCCUCCUUUAUGAAGGCUCCUUUGGAUAAACAACACUCAUUAUCAGUUUAGCAGUUAACCCUGUAGCAUAUUCUAUGUUGCACUGGUGCUGCCUACCAUGCUCCACCAAAUAAACUCAAAAAUGCAUGGAGUCAUCCCUAUAAUGUGAUGCCUACACAGAAUGGAGCUAACAGAAGUCAUAUCUGCAAUGGGUAAAUCCUGGUGAGCAGCUAAAUUCCCUGAUGCUGUCUGGCACAGCUCCAUACUUUGUAAUUUCUUCCUAGUUUCUUAAUUUGAGAGCUUGUGACACCUGAUUGUUGCCGCCUCCCUGGAUGCAGCCACAGGAGUGUUUGAAUGCCAUAUUUUCAUCAAGCUUCUGUCAUUGUAGAAAAUCACAGAAAAGAAAAGCUUUUCACCCCAGCACAAUAUAGUUGUGUAGGGGUAAGCAGACUUGUAACCUCCAGAGUUUUGAAGCAAACUUAUUUUUCUAUCCAUUACAGACAACAGCUAGAAAAUGAAAAGAAGAAGAGAGAGACAAUUGAGAAGGAGAAAGAGCAGAUGCUAAGGGAGAAGGAAGAACUGAUGAUGAGACUGCAGGAGUACGAACUGAAGACACAGAAAGCAGAAAAAGGUACAAUUUGCCUUCAUUAAACAGGCAACCGGAACCCAUGGUUCCACCACUUCCUCACAUUCUCAGCCCUGCUUAGACAUCCAACAUAGCAGUGUGUUGGCACACUAUAAUACCCUAACAGUGCUGUCGCAUGACAUUUCAUUGGGUUUCAUGAUAGAAAUAUACAAACCAAGAUACCAUCUACUUCACCAGACCACAGGAACCACUCUCUUAAUGGAUGGAGGUUUUAUAGGAGCUUCCUUUUAGUCUUUGAAUCAUUUAUUACUUGUGCAUAUUGCUCCAUAAAUGCAGCUGGCAUUACUGCUAUCUACAGUUAGAUGGCGAGCCAAGCAAUUUCAUAAAAACAACUUCUAAAAUCUCCCUCAACUAUUAAUCGAACUAUCUAAAAAAUACGGUAGGCGCCUUGUAAUCUUUUUUUUACGAUUAUAUAGAUUAUUCAAGAUUAGAUGUCUGCCAUAAUAACCCCAGGAAGAUGUUAUUGAAAACCCAAUCUGAUGUCCAAUAUUUGGCAUAUGUGGCUGUAAAGUUCCUAAAAUGUCUGCACCCAGUAGUGGCAGUUAAAUUGACAGGAAGGUUUUCUCUUUGCCUAAAGGGAAAAUGUUAAACUGCCUGCAUUGGCGGAUGUUUUCUCAGGAGACCAGCCGUGAGAUCUGAUGCAGUGUACUGAAGGUUUCCUUUACACCCUGAUCUGGCUGAGCCAAUUAUCUCUGAACAAGAUUAUGAAAUUUAAAUGCAUAACAUGCCACUGCCCUCCCUUUAUCCUGUAUCAAUCCAAUGCUUUAGAAUCCAUACUUUUCCUGCAUCCCUGUAAGCAGCAUAAUACAAAGCUAUACCUAUUAAGCUUCAGAGAAGAAUGUUUUACAUAUUGAUAAGACCUUGGAAUUGUCUUGGCAUUCAGAAAGCAAGCUCCUCUUUCCACUUGCAGGUAGAAGACACUGAAUUUGCUAAGUAAGUUUAUAAGGCUGGAGUUUACAUAAACACAACUUUUUAUUGUGUGGCUUUCCCCACCCCCCACCCCAUUCCAGAGCUCUCAGACCAAAUCCAAAAAGCCAGGGAGCUUGAAGAUGAAAGGAGAAGGGCUCAGGAGGAAGCUGAGCGUCUAGAGAACGAGCGCUUAGCUGCUCUGCAAGCCAAGGAAGAACUGGAGAGGCAAGCUGCCGACCAGAUGAAGAGUCAGGAGCAGCUGGUACGCAUCCAAGGCACUUGGGAGAUAAACUCUGACAAUUAUAUAAAUAGUAGCAAACGAGUUUGGCUGAAUGCUACAUUUGGGGGAGGGGGCAAGAAAAAGUUAUUGACCAAAGCAAAGCAAAUCCUACAAUAUAGGGCAAAUUAAUACAUGGCUGAGAGUCUGUAUUUCUGAGCAGUGAGUCUUGAGAAUGAAAGGGGGAAAUCAAGAUACUGUACAGUGGACAUUUGUUUUUCAUGGAAUUCGUGUCCUUCCUUGCCACUCAAAGCAAGUAUUACAGUAUUACAGUAGAGUAAUACGGGGAAGCAUUAUAACCAGAAGACCAAAACAUUCAAGCAGUGUUUAAGAGACAGGACAAAGUGAUCUCACAAAACAAAUUCCAUAAUCUGGGCAGUACUGUGCUGAAAUCUCCCUCCCUGUUACCUCUAGCUACACAUCAGCUGGUAGUGAGAUAUGCAACAGGCCCUAAUAGUAGGUUAACUCCUGCUGGAGCAUCGGGCCAAAGGGUACCUGAUCCAGCAUCCUGUUCUCACAGUGGCCAGCCAGAUGCAUAUGGGAAGCCAGCAAGCAAAAUCUGAGUGCAGUAGCAGUCAUCCUCCACUGUGAUUGAUUCCCAGUUACUGAUAUGCACAGGCAUAUUGAUCAUAGCCAUUGUUGCUCUUUUUGUUUACUUAUUAUUUAAGGCAUUUAUAUGCUGCUCAAUCAUUAGCAUUUCUAGGGGUUUGCAUAAAAAUAAACCAUACAGGGGAAAAUAAAAAUUCAUAAAACCAAAUAGAAACCUGAAAGGCAACCUUAAAAUGUCUGCAAGAAUAAGAAGGUCUUUGUCAUAUGCCGGACAAAGGGUGCUUGUCUAAUCUCAGGUGAAAGGGCCCAUAACAUUAAACACAACUUCUAGUAGUUGAGUUGUGCAUCUAAGCUAUUGUGGUGGCACCUAAGACAACCCCAAAGAUCUCGGUGAUAUUAGGGAUCAGGCAGGCAUUAGGAAAUCAUGAUCCCAGAUUGUUAGCUAGUAGACAUUCAUAGCAUUAUCUUCUUAAAUACAUCCAAGUUGGUGGCCCUCUACUUAAGGUUGUCCCUCUCCGGCCAACUGAAGGGCACUGGCAAAAUCAUACUGGAGAUAAAUACCCUUUCGGUAUCCUAGCUCUAAACCUCUUGAGGCGUUAGGGACAUAACCAGAAUCUCAAAUUGAACAGGAGUGGAAUAACAUGCCUCCCUAGAGCUGGUUCCAGCUAACACUAUUGCAGUGGCAUUUUGUACCUGAUUUUUCAUCAGGAGAACAGCGUCAUCCAAAAUGGGUUGCUUCCCUGCCUCUAGAUCUUACUGACCAAUAGUACUUCCAUCUUCUCCGGAUUAUGUUAAAAUGCCUUUCUCUCUGUCAAACAGGCUACUGAGCUUGCUGAAUACACAGCCAGGAUUGCACUGCUGGAAGAGGCAAGGAAACGCAAGGAGAACGAGGUAGAAGAGUGGCAGCACAGGGUAAGCGCGAAGUUUCUUUAGAGCUACGUAUCAGUCUGUUUGGCCUCCAAGGGUUUAGCAGUUUUAGUCCUGCCUUGGAACUUUCAGUGCCAUUAAUCUGAGAGUAUGGGCUACACAGUUCUGUAGAACAGUAGUUUUUGCUACUCUUCCAGCCCUAGAAGCGUAUGAUGGGAUUGUGUAGGGUAGGACCGUAUUGUUUAUUUAAGAUAUUUGUAUAAUGCUUCUGAGGUGCUUGUCUCAAAGUGGUUUGUAUAAAAAUGUUUAAACAAUAAGCAUUUGUAAAACUGCUUUAUUUAUAAAAUAGUUUAUAAAUAGCCUUUUACAAUCCAUCUCAAACCAGUGUGUACAAGUUAAUAUGAAAAAAAUAGUAAAAUCACAGUAAUUAAAUACAACGAAUGGCCCCCAGGACACCAUUCAUCCUGAAAUUAAACCCCUGAAAUGUUUUGAGCGCUGAAAUAUGACCUGUAUGGGUGCUUGCUGGAGCUCCAAGAGAAGGUAGUACCAUAGAGGGGGCCUUCCCCGUGGCGGCCAUUGGCAGGAUUACAAUGCAGCAAAGAGAACCUCCAAGGGCUGAGCACAAUGUUCAGACAGGGCAGCAGGGAGAGAGGCUCUCUUUUAGGUAUCCUGAUCCUUGGUUUGGGGUUUUAGAAAUUAAAACCAAAGCCCUGGUACUUGGGCUGCUAGCUUGUUACUAGCCAUUCACCUCUUUUAGGAGAAGUGUAUUAUGUCUGUGAUAGGGCAUUCCACUGAGUUACCUCACUGCAGCCUUCUGCACCACUUGUGGCUUCCAGACCAACCUCGGGCAAAGCCCCACAUAAAAAGAGCGCUUCUCAUUCUGUACCCACCGGAAUCCUAGUAAAAAGUAUUUUGUCUAAAUUUUCUUUCUGGUUCCAUUACAAUAGGCUAUAGAAGCCCAAGAAGAUCUUGUAAAAACAAAAGAGGAGCUGCACUUGGUGAUGACUGCUCCACCUCCUCCACCUCCACCUGUGUAUGAGCCAGUGAACUACCAUGUCCACGACAACCUUCAGGACGAAGGAACCGAGUCCUCUGGCUACAGCGCAGAAUUCUCCAGUGAAGGGAUCUUGGAUGAUCGUAACGAAGAGAAGAGAAUCACUGAAGCCCAAAAGAAUGAGCGUGUGCAAAAGCAGCUGAAGGUAAGAUACACCUAGAUCAGUUUCACAUGACUGAGAUGACUGCUGCUCUUCAUGGUUGAUGAUUUUGUGCGAAAUGGGGCUUCAGUCCCAGUGUUUCCAUCUAAAACCCUAUGGUAGCCACUUCAUGAAACUGAUUGUGUGAAUCAGUAGCCACCCAGUGCUCAGUAGCAUCCAUGUUGCCCAAACUAUCAUAUGCAGCUGUCCUGUAGAAGAUGUCAUGUUCAGUCCCUGGCAUCUCCAUGCAGGACUGGGAGAGACUUCUGCCUUCAAUGCUGGAGAGCUACUGCCAGCCAGUGUAGACAAACAGAGCUAGAUGGACUGAGUGGACUCACGCAAUAGAAGGCAGCUUCCUUUGUUGGUUGUUCCAAAGAGUUGAGAGAUGUUUAUAUCUGCUUCUUUCACUGCCUUUGUACUGAAUGCUGAACCUGUUAAAUGCAGGCGCUAAUAAAUGUACCAGGAAGCUCAUAUGGAACUGAGGAUUCUUAUAUUUCAUUUAAUAAUUGUGGGUCAUUAUUGUAGGCCUCAACUGCCUAUCUAAGGAAGCCUGGCAUGGCUAGGAUUGGAAGAAAUCCAGAAUCUUCUAAAUUGCCCCCAGGCUCUUACUGUUCUACACUCCUCUUGUUGUACCACUUCUAGUUGUCCUAUAACAAGAAACACCGUGGCAAAGAUUUUCAUAUCCUGGCUUCCAAGCAAUAGAAGGACUGAGGAAUGAUGUUCUGUUAUGGUCUUGUGUGCUACCUUAUACUCCCCUAAGUAUUUGUAUGUCUGUGUAACUUGUGUGUUUUAAAUAUUGCAGACGCUGACUGAUGAACUAGCCCAGGCCAGAGAUGAGAACAAGAAGACACAAAACGACCUCAUUCACACAGAGAAUAUGCGGCAAGGACGAGACAAGUACAAGACACUGAGGCAGAUCCGACAAGGCAACACCAAGCAAAGAAUUGACGAGUUUGAAGCUAUGUAA